AUGGUCUCGAGGCUGCGCAAGCUGCGGGGGCCAGGGCAGGGCUGCGCGGAGGAAACCGGCAGCCGCCUCCCCCGCCGCAGCCGCCCGGUCGGGGGAUUCGCCCCCACACUGGGUGUCUCGGAGAAGACCAGGGUGACGGGCAGCGGCAAGGCGCCGGUUUCACCCGGGCGCUGCGAGGGCCGCGGUCAGGCAGCAGUCAAGUGCCAGAAAGCCCUGAAGAUGCAAGAGCUGGAGGAGUCUCCUGCUGCGGAUACCUUGGCUGUGCGACAGAAGCGACGGAUCUACGAUAUCACGAAUGUCCUGGAAGGCAUCGGGUUGAUUGAGAAGAAAUCCAAGAACAGUAUCCAGUGGAAAGGAGUGGGUCCUGGCUGCAACACACGUGAAAUAGCUCACAAACUUAUUGAGCUGAAGGCAGACAUAGAGGACCUAGAGCAGCGGGAACAGGAGCUGGAGCAGCAGAAGAUGGGGGGUCAGCAGAGCAUCAAAAACGUUACAGAAGACGUGCAGAACAGUCGAUAUCCUUUGUCGUAUGUGACACAUGAAGAUAUCUGCAAGUGCUUCACAGGAGACACCCUCCUUGCGAUUCGAGCCCCAUCAGGCACGCGUUUGGAGGUUCCCAUCCCUGAGGGCCUAAAUGGGCAGAAGAAAUAUCAGAUCCAUCUGAAGAGCACAAGUGGUCCCAUCGAUGUUCUCUUAGUAAACAAAGAUGCUUGGAGCUCUCCUCCUGUCGUACUACCUGUCCCUCCCCCUGAAGACCUCAUUCAAAAAAUCCCUGUUAGUCUUGUUUCAGCUGUAGCCUGCCCGAGGCUAAUCCAACUCCAGCAGACCAAGCCCCUUGCCUCGGUGCUCAAGGACGUCUGCGAUGCGUGGAGCCUGCCCAACGCGGAGCGCUAUGCCCUGCAGUAUGCAGACGGGCGGCAGACCUACAUCACCGAGUCGAACCGCGGGGAGAUUAAGAACGGGAGCAUUUUACGACUGACCACCUCCCCGGACCAAGAAGCAGAGAGGUUGUACAGCGGGAUCCAGAGCAACAACUCAGAUGUGAAGACUGACUCGCUGAAGAAGCUUGCAAGCCUCUCCCAAGAUGUUACCUUUGCUCAGGAGUUUAUCAACAGGAAUGGCUUGAAACAAAUCUUCUAUAUUGUGGAAGAAGGGAAUGAUACAGGGGAGAUGCUAGCUCAUGCCCUGAAGGCCUUCAUGGAGCUGAUGGAGCAUGAUUUUGUUUCCUGGGAGACUCUUAGUGCAGCCUUCAUCAAGAAGAUAGUGAGUUACGUCAAUAUGAACGCAGUGGAUGCAUCUGUCCAGCAGCUCUCUUUGUCUAUCUUGGAGAACAUGGUACCUGCCAGUCGCCUCCUCUUUGAGCUAGUCAAAAAAGAAGUGACAUUGGAUCGUCUUCUCACCCACCUGCAGGUGACAAACGCCCAGCUGCAGCUGAAGGCGAUGGCCCUGCUCAUUGCACUGCUGCUGGCUGCAACUGACGCUGAGCGGCGGGACAUCAUGGACUACCUGAGGGAGAAGAACAUCAGGCAGUUUAUCCACAAGAACAUCAUCCACAGCUCUGAGCCACUGGGGGACGAGAUGGCCCAUUACCUGUACGUGCUGCAGUCCAUCAGCCUCAACCUGUGCGAGCGCCGCAUGAGGACCUCCAUGGAUCCCUACUCACAGGAACAGCGGGAGCUCCUCCAGUCUCUGCGCCAAACUGCCUUUGAGUCGGAGAGCGAGGCACCUGCCAGCAACUUCAGCACUGAGCGCCGGCGAUCCCUGUGUGCCAAGGAGUUCCGCAAGCUGGGCUUCAUGAACAACAGCAACCCAGCUGAGGACCUCCGCCGUGCCCCGCCGGGACUCCUUGCCCUUGAUAACAUGGUGUAUUUCUCCAGGCACACCCCCAACGCCUACAGCAGGUUUGUCCUCGAGAACAGCAGCCGGGAAGACAAACAUGAAUGCCCCUUCGCUCGAAGCAGCAUCCAGCUCACCCUGAUCCUCUGCGAGAUCCUGCAUGUUGGAGAGCCAUGCUCGGAGACGGCUCAGGCCUUUUACCCUAUGUUCUUCGGGCAGGAUCAUUUCUUUGAAGAGCUCUUCUGCAUCUGCAUCCAGCUGGUGAACAAGACCUGGAAGGAGAUGCGCGCUACCCAGGAGGACUUUGACAAGGUGCUGCAGGUGGUGCGGGAGCAGAUCACCAGGACCCUGUCCCUCAAGCCCACCUCCCUGGAGCUAUUCAAGACCAGAGUGAACGCAUUGAACUACAGCGAGAUCCUGAAGCUGCGGCAGACGGAGCGGCUGCAUCAGGAGGAGACGCUGGCUGUGCCUGUGCUGGAGUUGCGCAAGAGGCUGAAGCCGGAGCUCCUGGAGCUGGUCCGACAGCAGCGCCUGCUGCACCUCUGUGAGGGCACCCUCUUCCGCAAGAUCAGCAGCCGCCGCAGGCAGGACAAGCUCUGGUACUGCCGCCUGUCACCCAACCACAAGGUCCUGCACUAUGGGGACGUGGAGGAGGGGGUGCACUCUCCCCCCAUCGAGAGCCUGCCAGAGAAAAUUCCUGUGGCGGACAUGAAGAUGCUGCUUGUGGGGAAGGAGUGUCCGCACACGAAGGAGAAGAGCUCCGGCAAGCAGAACAAGGAUGUCCUGGAGCUGGCGUUCUCCAUCGUGUACGACAUGGAGGAAUACUGCCUCAACUUUAUUGCCCCCACCCGCUAUGAGUUCUGCCUCUGGACGGAUGGGCUGAACGUGCUCCUGGGCAAGGAGAUGACGAGCGAGCGAACGCAGACGGACCUCGAUGUCCUGCUGUCCAUGGAGCUCAAGCUGCGGCUCCUGGACCUGGAGAACAUCAGCAUCCCCGACACCCCCCCUCCCAUCCCAAAGCCCCCCAGCAACUUAAACUUCUGCUAUGACUUCCACCACACAGAGCAGUGAGGUCCUCCCU